AAUUUGUAGAAAUUUGUAGACACAAUAAGUAAUUCUUGAUAUUUCACAUGUCAUUUGCUUUGCAUAAACCCCUUUAGAAUAAAUGGGCUUUCCAAAAUCGACUAUAUGACCUUUCACCCCAACAUGGCGCCGCGGGAAAAUUUGGAGCUUGCUGUUGCCGUCCGAAGCUAGCAUUUUUACCGUAGUCUAUGUUCCUGUCGUCGCCCCUACGGACAAUGUUCAGUCUUUUAUACAGAUCGUUAACAGCAAAACAUUCCAAGGCCAUUCGAAGCAUCGUUGCCUGCAGGGCGUACCAUUUUAAGACUGGCGAUUCUGCGGAACUGACGAAGACUUUCACUGCAGACGACGUUUUGACUUUCUCGUCGCUGUGUGGGGAUAAGAACCCGCUUCAUCUGGACGAGGAAUACGCAAAAACAACCCGCUUUGGGCGCUGCAUCGUCCAUGGUGUUCUCAUCAACGGGUUGAUAUCAGCUGUACUGGGGACCAAACUUCCAGGGCCAGGUGCAAUAUUCGUGUCUCAGGACAUCAAGUUUCCUGCUCCAUUGUAUGUGAAUGAGUCUGUAACAGCAGCAGUGGAGAUCCUGGACAUAAGGAAGAGUGUGGUGGUGUGUUCAACCAUAUGUACAGCUACAGGCACCACUAAGGUGGUAAUGUCAGGCAAAGUGUACCUGAUGGUCCCCAAGGAUGAGAAUAAACCAACUACAGACAAAACCAGCUGAUGUCCCAUCAUUCCUACAAGAUUCCUUACAGAUAUGGUCCUGUACAUGCUCUGGAGAUACAUUCAAACAGAUGAAACUAAAGGUAUCAUCUUCUGCCAUAAUAGAAGGCAGGCAUUAGUGGAAAAUUGGGGUUUGACUGAAUUUAAUGUACAUGCACUUCAGCCUCAGGAAGUUAUGUUGGUUCUUUCACUUAAGUCAGAAAUAGAUCAUUUUGCCUUGAGUGGGAGACUUUGUAAUCUGUAGCUUGAUGUAGACACAUGUACACCCUUUAGCAGACUAGCAACACUUGCUACCUUCUUUAAAUUGUACCUUGUUUCUAUUGCAUACCCAGUGAACUGCCUCAUGGCAAAACACAUAAUUUUUGUAACAUGCUUGAGGUGUGACUGUCCUCAAACACAGGACCUCCUGAAACACAGGACCAGCCUAUCAGAGUCGACUGACGAAAUUGGUGCCUAUUCUAAGACCGCAACAUAAGGACCUGUCAAGGAUUCAAACUCUGUGCUCUAGGUUCCGAGUCAACAAUCCCUACCACAUGGCCACUGGUCUCUGAGUAGCAACUACCUUGUGAUGUUGAUGAAAUGGUAUCAGAGAGACAAAUUGUUGUCGUUAAUUUAUUGCAGGAAGACACAAUAGACAGGAAAACAGACACUAGCAGUAAUUUACAAUAGCAAGACUUUGUAGAUGGUUGGUUACAUAUACAAACUUCAAGUAUGCAACACUUUGUUGCUUUGUUAUCUACCUAGCAAGUUUAGGCCUAAGUCACAUUUCUAUACUAGGGCCUGACCGGACAGCUUUCGGGAACAAAAAGUAUGAUAUAAAAUACAUCAAAAUAAAAAAAAUAAGAUUCAUGGGCAUAAUUUGUGUAUAUCUUUAGGUAUACAUUUUAAUUUUUCGUUUCUUAAAACAUUCCGGACGGGCCCCGGUUUGGAAAUAGGGCCUAAGCCUUACCAGUAGAACUUAGCCCUAAGAAAAUCAAAGUAAGUUUUUCUGAAGUCAACCUGCAGAUUUGUCAGAUUUUUUUGAACAGCAAAGAUAAAAUGUGACCAGAAAAAAUUAUUGUGGUUAACAAGGAAAACAUUGGUAUCUGUAAGCCAACUGUGCUUGGCACAUCCUCUGAAUCAACAAUAAAAUCUUGCUGAUACAAAAAGACCUCUUCAUGUAUUUCGUACAUACAUACAUACACUGGUAUAUCUAUACAGUCUGAAAGGUGGGUUACCAUGCAAAAAUUUCAUUUAGGACCCAGAAAAAUAGUGUGGUUGUGAUGUAGUGCCAAGUUCAUCUCUCUUUGACAUAUUUCACUUUUAAGGAAAGGGUUUUGAAGAAACAAUACAAUUGAACUUUUUUUCAG